AUGGGCGUGACAAGCCCGAAGAAGACGAACCGGUGGACUCUGUACUCAAGUUCGACAUUGCUCUCGAACCGAGAAUCACAACAACAUUCUUCACCGAGCGCGCCGCCGAGGGCAACCGUCUCAGCCGCCUGUGCUGACGUCGACCUGCUCCAGCAGCGCGAUUUGGUACUCUGCCAGCAACGGAAGCUGUUUGUCGUUCUCACCGACGAAAUUGCCGACUUGUUCAAGGUGUGCCGCAUUGCCGACUGCGAGGGCGACUUCGACGAACUGCCAGUCAACACCUACGUGCAGCGAAACCAGUCAAUCGUGCUCAUCGAGUCGCUUCGCAACUACGUCAAAGACUUCGGGUCGCGCGCUCGAGUGCACUGGGAGAAGCUCGACAACAUCGAGCAAUCACAAGUCUUCAGGGCGAUCGGACUGUUCGCCAUCGGCAUCACGGACGGCAUCCGCCAAGUAGAAGCUGAGCGCGACCCAAUGAACAAACCGUCCAUAGAGCUCGCGCCACUCAUCAUGCCGCACUACCUCGUCAAGAUGAGACCCGCCACAUCUAUCUCGGAGCCGAUCAGAUCAACACAGCCGAGACGGGCCACCGCGAUUUGA